AUGAUGAUCCACGAUUUUCAUCUCUCUUCACUUCACCGCUUUUUGCUCUGGAUCCGACAGAUCCUCAGUUCAAAAGGAGUGCAGUUUAUGCUCGGCAAAUGGCACAGAAAAAUAAGGGCAAUCAGGCAAAUGCUACAGGAACGCUCCACAGAAAUUUCAGGGCAGUUCCCAUCGACCGACAAUUUGGAAAUGCUCAAAGAUAAGGACUUGCAACUUGACGGAUUGAAUCCAGAAAAGGGAAGGACGAGGGGUACUCAGUCCUCCAUAUGGGUGGGCAAGCUUUUUCUCAGAGACACUGAUGAAUGA